CAAUCUAAAAUAGAGACAGCCAAAGUAGAAGAUUUAUUAAUAAAACCAGGAAGAUUAUCCCGACCAUCAUUAAUAGUUGUAAUAGUUCGAGGUUUACCUGGCAGUGGUAAAACAUAUGUUAGUAAAUUAAUUAGGGAUAAAGAAGUGUCUAAUGGUGGAGCUGCUCCUAGAAUGCUGUGUUUAGAUGAUUAUUUUAUGGUAGAAGUAGAAAAAAAAGACAAAGAUCCAGAGACUGGCAAACAAAUUUCAACUAAAGUGCUAGAAUAUCAAUAUGAAGCAGAAGUAGAAGAAGCUUAUAGACAAAGUUUAUAUAAAUCUUUUAAAAAAACCAUUGAUGAUGGCUUCUUUCCCUUUAUUGUUAUUGAUGCCACUCAUGAAAAAGUGAAACAUUUUGAAGAAUUUUGGAGCUAUGCAAAAUCUAAAGGUUUCCAGGUGUAUAUUGUGGAAGUAGAAGCUGAUGUUAGUACCUGUAUUAAAAGAAAUAUUCAUGAUUGGCAACAAAAAGAUGUGGAAAGGAUAAAGAAAGGAUGGGAACCCACACCUUCACAUUUUAUGCGAUUAGAUAUAAGAUCUUUAUUACAAGAAGAUUCCAUCACAGAGGUUGAAAUGGAAGAUGAAUCUAAUGAUGAUACUAAACAAACAGUAGGUGAUGUUAAAACAUCUGAUGAUGAAGAUGAUCAGUUAGAAUUUAUUGCAAAAUCUAAAUGGGAAAUUGCUGACAAGUCUGAAUCGCAGAUGGAUAAAUUGGAUGGUAUUCGUAAAAGAAAAAGAACACCCUCACCACAAGGUUGGGAUGAUUAUCUACAGAUUGCAGGCGAAGAUUAUUUUAGUCGAGUAUCAGAGCCAGGCAAGAAACGGGUACGCUGGGUGGAUAUUGAAGAGCACAAGCAGCAGUUACGUCAGCGCCAGCUUGGUUUCGUCAUUGGUCAAACUCAAAGAGAUUGGGACAGAAUAACAGAUGAUAACUUUGCACAUAGAGCCAUGAAUCAAACUAAAUAUUUCUAG